AUGAGCUUACUGGCUGUAAAUACAGUCGAUCGACUGGAUCGACCUAGCGCAUACUAUGUCAGCAAGAACAAGCGACGCAGAUUCAACGACCGGGAGGAAGAGGAACAGCAGCAGGAGAAACCCGAUGACAAACUGAAAAACGCGACAACCCUCUACGUGGGAAAUCUCUCCUUUUAUACCACCGAAGAACAAAUCCACGAACUAUUUGCCAAGUGCGGUGAGAUCAAGCGACUUGUAAUGGGUCUCGACCGAUUCAACAAAACUCCCUGCGGCUUCUGCUUUGUCGAGUAUUAUACCCACCAGGAUGCGCUGGAUUGCUUGAAGUAUAUUGGAGGAACCAAGCUGGAUGAGCGGAUCAUUCGGACAGAUCUUGACCCUGGAUUUGAGGAAGGACGACAGUUCGGACGAGGCAAAUCGGGUGGUCAAGUGCGUGAUGAAUACCGCGAAGAAUACGAUCCGGGCCGUGGUGGAUAUGGCCGCGCCUAUGAUGAACAGCGCCAGCGUGAGGAAGAUGAAUACGGCGCCGGAAGGUAG